GCCCCUUGGGUUGGGUUCAGAGGGGAUCUGCCGGCUGGUUCCCUGCAAGAAAGACCUGAAGCUGAUGCCUGCCUUUUCAUCCUCCUUCGCUGCAUCUUUGAGCGAAGCCAGGAAAUGAUCUUUGUGUGCAGCCUGCCUCCUGCCUGGUAACUCCAACAGCCCAUGGAAGUUCUCGUCUGUCGCGCUGGAUUUUGCGGCUCGCUGUAGGCGAGCGGGUGGGAUGGCAGCGGCGGGGCCGGGCACGCAGGCGCCUGGGAGGUGUCAGUGCUGCGGCAGGCCGGCAGCGCUGAGCAGGGAGGGCCGCUGCCACCUGCCCCCGGGCCGCUGUUCCCGAGCUCAAACGAAGAUUCCCAGGAAGAUUGUCCUGCAAGGCUAACUUCUCAAGACAUGGCCAUGUCCAGUUCCCUUCUGUGGGCUGUUGACAUAUUUGGGAGGGUUUACACUCUGUCCACUGUUGGCCAGCACUGGGAGCUCUGUAAGGAUACACAGCUGGAAUUCAAACGGGUCUCUGCUGUCAAGCAGUGCUGCUGGGGAAUAGCCUGCGAUCAUCAAGUAUACACCUACGUGUUCUCGGGUGAUGUUCCUAUUAGGUACCAGGAAGAGACCUAUGAGAAUCAGCGCUGGAAUCCAGUUGGUGGCUUUUGUGAGAAAUUAUUGCCCAGUGACCGCUGGCAGUGGAGUGAUGUGAGCGGGCUAAAACAUCAGCAGCUUGAUAGUUUCACAUUGCCUUCACCACACUGGGAGUGGGAGUCUGACUGGUAUGUGGAUGAAAAUAUUGGAGGGGAACCAACAGAGAAAGGGGGCUGGACUUAUGCCAUAGACUUCCCCAGCACCUACACAAAGGAUAAAAAAUGGAAUUCUUGUGUGAGACGCAGGAGAUGGAUCAGAUACAGGAGAUACAAAUCACGGGAUGUUUGGGCAAAGAUUGUAUCACGGGAUGAUCCAGAUCAGUUGCCAGACCCUUUCAAUGACAUCUCAAUUGGAGGAUGGGAAAUCACUGAUGAGCCUCUUGGCCGUUUAUCAGUGUGGGCGGUUUCUUUGCAAGGAAUGGUGUGGUACAGAGAAGACGUUUGCCAUCACAAUCCAGAAGGUUCCAUGUGGUCCUUAAUCCCCACUCCUGGUGAAGUUGUACAGAUCAGCUGUGGACCGUAUGACCUCCUCUGGGCAACUCUUUGGGAAGGGCAAGCUAUUGUGAGAGAAGGAAUUGAUAGGAAUAACCCUCAAGGAAUUUCCUGGAGUACUGUGGAGUCCCCAAGCUCAGAAAAUGGGAUUAUGCAUGUCUCUGUGGGAGUUGAUGUGGUGUGGUGCGUUACAAAAGAUCGGAAGGUAUGGUUUAGAAGAGGUGUGAAUUCACAUAAUCCUUGUGGAACAAGCUGGAUUGAAAUGGUUGGAGACAUGAUGAUGGUAAACGUAGGCUUAAAUAAUCAGGUCUGGGGAAUUGGCUGUGAUGACAGAGCAAUCUAUUUUCGCCAAGGUGUCACGCCAAGUGAGCUCAGUGGGAAGACGUGGAAGGCAAUUGUAUGCGGCCGAGAGAGUGACAGAUCUCAGACUGGGAGCUCAACAAGUCUGCUCAGUGCUGGCUGUUUCUUUACUGAUGAUAUUCAGAACCAAACAAACGCGAUCAUUCCUGGUGAUGCAGACACUUCCUCUGACACAGAUCUUCCAAGCAUCCCCACGUACCUUGCCAACACUCCCCCGACGGGAGCUGCAGCCAGCGACAGUGGUAGCAGCACAGGCAACCAGACAGCAGAAAUAUGUGCAAAUUUGCCCAUGGAUCCUCUGGACUCUGAUCAAGGAGAAGCCGAUGUUGCUUCGACUGGUAAUAAGAAAUCUAAUCUUGAAAGUCAUAAGUCUACAAACCCAAAUCCUUCUGCAGAACUGCAGUGGACAAACAUUGACUUAAAGGAGGCACAAAAGCAUCCAGUCCUCUCUGUCAGCACCUUUGCAGAAACAUCCAGCCUGACUUCCCUUGGCAUGUUCUCGGUGGGAACUGAGGAGCAGUAUGGAGCCGAUGAGCACCCACUGUGGGCCUGGGUGUCUGGGGGAGGCUGCCUUGUGGAUUUGCACAGCCCACUGAAAUGGUUCACAGUCUCCUCAGGUUUGUCGUCCUCUGUGCAGUCUCUUUCUCUGUCUAUCACUCCAGCACAGACAGCAGCAUGGCGAAAACAAAUUUUUCAGCAGCUCAGUGAAAGGACAAAGCGGGAGCUGGAGAAUUUCAGGCACUACGAACAGGCUGUUGAGCAGUCAGUUUGGGUUAAAACGGGGAUGUUGCAAUGGUGGAGAAAUUGGAAGCCUCAUAAAUGGAUGGAUGUGCGAGUGGCACUUGAGCAGUUCACUGGGAGUGAUGGAAUGCGCGACAGCAUCCUGUUCAUCUAUUACAUGUAUCAUGAGGAGAAAAAGUAUAUUCACGUGUUCCUGAAUGAAGUCACCAUUAUAGUCGAUGUUCUGAAUGAAGCCAAACACUCCUUUGCCCUGUAUACACCUGAAAGGACGAAGCAGCGAUGGCCAAUCCGCCUAGCAGCCACAACAGAACAAGAAAUGAAUGAUUGGCUGUCUUUGCUGAACAUGUCCUGUUGUGAAAGCAGACGGAUUCAAGGCCCCCCUUCUCACCAUGCCAUUUGGUCAGUUACUUGUAAAGGAGACAUCUUCGUUAGCGAGCCAAGUCCUGAACUGGAGGCAGGACCACACCUGAUGCCAUGUGAUCAAAUGUUUUGGCGUCAAGUUGGAGGGCAUCUUCGGCUGAUAGAGUGCAAUAACCAAGGCAUAGUGUGGGGCAUAGGAUAUGAUCACACAGCUUGGGUUUAUACCGGGGGAUAUGGAGGUGGCUUCAUCCAAGGACUGGCCAGUAGUGCUGAUAACAUCUAUACACAGUCAGAUGUGAAAUGUGUUUAUAUCUAUGAGAACCAACGCUGGAACCCAGUCACUGGAUACAGCAGCAGAGGCCUGCCCACGGACAGAUACAUGUGGAGCGAUGCCUCUGGCCUGCAGGAAUGUACAAAAGUCAAUACCAAGCCUCCUUCACCACAAUGGUCUUGGGUAUCUGACUGGUACAUUGAUUUUAGUACUUCAGGUGGAACGGAUCGGGAAGGCUGGCAGUAUGCAGCAGACUUUCCAGCGUCCUACCAUGGUCACAAGACAAUGAAAGACUUCGUCCGACGGAGGCGCUGGGCAAGAAAAUGUAAGAUAGUCACCAGCGGGCCAUGGCUGGAAGUGCCUCCUGUUACCCUGUGGGACAUCUCCAUAAUUCCCAGUUCAGAUGCGGUUGAUGAAGAAUCAGUAGCACUGUGGGCAAUCAGUGACAAAGGAGACGUGCUCUGCAGACUUGGAGUGACACAGCAAAACCCAGCUGGAUCAUCCUGGCUUCAUGUGGGAACAGAUCAGCCCUUCAUUUCCAUCUCCAUUGGAGCAUUUUACCAGGUGUGGGCUGUUGCUAGAGAUGGUUCUGCCUUCUACCGGGGCUCAGUGUCUCCAAAGAAACCUGCAGGUGACUGUUGGUACCAUAUUCCUUCACCUCAAAAACAAAAGUUAAAACAAGUCUCAGUAGGACGAACAUCUGUGUUUGUAUUGGAUAAGAACGGCAACCUUUGGUACCGACAAGGUAUCACACCAAGCUACCCUCAAGGAUCUAAUUGGGAUUAUGUAUCAAAUAAUAUCCGGAAAAUGUCUGUAGGGCCCCUGGACCAGGUCUGGGUGAUAGCUGACAAAGUGCAAGGAAGUCACAGUUUGAGCUGUGGGACAGUGUGCCACCGCACUGGCGUUCAGCCAAUGGAGCCCAAAGGCCUCUCAUGGGACUACGGAAUUGGGGGUGGAUGGGAACACAUUACAGUCAGAGGAAAUGCAACUGAAGCAUCUAGGGUCGCUAUGCAAGACACUUCUGAGGAAAACUCUGCAGUAUCAAAGGACUUGGAAGAGAAUGAAAGUAAAGGGAGAGCGGUACACUCCAAAACCUCUCUGAUGGUCAGUGAAAGACAAGACUUGGACGGAAGUGCAGCUAAUUGUUAAGUUGCCACUGUCUAUGUUUUGCAAACAAGCAGUAGUCAAUAUAAUUUAAAAAGAAAUUGAAUGUCCAUGUCAAUGUCCAUGGCCCGGAGAAAAAAACCAUGAUCGUUUUGUGCUACUUAUGUUUUACUGAACUGGAAUUUACAGUGGGGUAAUUUUAAUACUGAUUUCUUCAACUGUCGUGUGUAAAAUGUGACUUAAUAGAACUAAUAGUUUUGUCAAAACAGGCAAGCAUUACAGCCACAAUGUAUUUCUGACCCUUUACCACAGCUGCUACAAAACUAUACAAAUGUGAAUCUUUGCAUAAGACCAUUAUAUUUAUUUAAUAUUUGUAUUACAGUUCUCGUCCCUACAUUUCUCAUAUUCAUGUGUCUUCCAUGGUAUACUUCAGAUUCAUAUUUGAGCAGAGGUAUCAGUAUAACUGAAUUACACUCAUUUCCAUGAUUUGCACUGCAAACAUCUAUAUAUGCACAUAACUUUGUGCAUGUGAGCCCUGUUUAUAUAAGCCUGUAGGUUUGGUCAUGCUACUUUUGCUCACAUCAGUAAAAUUAAAUUGUGUACAACUCAGCUUAGAAUGCAGUUACCAGUAAGGGCCAAUUUUUGCUAUCUUGGCACUCAACAAAUAAUAUCUUAACAAGAAGAAUCACUGGUUUCAGCAAGACUAUGUAGAGAGCAUGGUCCUAUUCAGUCUUGGUUAGAGAGGCAAAGUCUCAUGCUGGAUUGUCAGGACAAACAGCGAUAGAUCACGCUUAGUCUCCAUCUUAACUGGAACCCUAAUCACUAAGGUAUACAAAUACCUACCUAAUGACAUUGGAAGGGACCAGAUGCUUAAGGAGUUAGACUGUGCACCAGAUAAUUGCAAGUUAUAUGUUUGUAGCAUAAAAGAGAAGAGCAGGUCUUAAGUAAGAUUCUGGCUUCACAGUGGUAGGAAUUCAAAACAUCUGUGCUGGUAGCAGUAGAGUUUGUCACCAUAUACUUAUGCAGGUUUAGGAGGAGGCUCUGCACUUCGCUUUUAGUAAGCAAUGGAUUCAUUCCUUCUUCCAGCAAGAAACCACUUUUUAUUCUCAAAGAAACAUUUUUCCUGUCUUUUACUUAUCUUAGUUAGACUGUGACGUGAAAUUAUUAUUUGAAAUCGUUAUUUGAAAUCCAGUCUGUGGGAAGUGCUGAGAAAGCAUUCUCCCCAAAUAGCUUCAGGAAGGCACCACCUUUUCUCCCCUGGCAGCAGUUUACAAUCAUUUUCCCUCUGUAUGUGUGACUAUAUAUGAAGUUAUUUUUAUACAAUAAGCAGUGUGGUGUGGUCUCAGUACUGUAUUUGUAGAAGUAAAGCUUACGUUUGCACGUAUUUAAAGGAUAUAUUUGAUAUUCUAAUGCCAAGGAAAGCACUGUUUUGAAACCCAAAUGUGAAUUAAGACUGAAGAUGCUUUACUGUUUAAAAAAAAAAUCCGUUGAUCUUUCCAGUAUGUGAUUACAGAUUUCUGUUUUAUACAUGCAUUGUGGAAAUACCACAAAUAACGUUUUGCGUUAAUUACCAUAAAUAGGUUUUGCAUAACUUGCACAGUAUCUUGUCCAAAUAAAUAACUUUAUCAUGUAUUUUUAGAGAA